CGUGGAAGCGGCGAGGCUGCUCGGGGAGCAUAAAUAGCGGGCGGCGCUGCCCGGCACCGCAGGUCCUGCAGGAGGCAGCAGCACAGGGGAGCCUCUCCUGCACCGCUCAGGAUGUCUCCGAAGGCGGCCGCCCUCCUCUUGGCGCUCCUCGCCAUCGCAGGGACACAGGCCGAUGUCAGCGCGGACCAGGUGGCCACCGUGCUCUGGAAGUACUUCAGUGAGCUGGGCAGCAAUGCCAAGGAGACCGUGGACCAGCUGCAGCAAGCCGAGAUCACCAAGCAGAUCAACACCCUGCUGCAGGGCAACCUGAGGAGCAUGAACUCAUACACCGAGGAGCUGCAGCGGCGCCUGGUGCCCUUUGCCACGGAGCUGCAGGCGCGGCUGGCGCAGGACUCGCAGCGGCUGAAGGAGCAGAUCCGCAGGGAGCUGGCCGAGCUGCAGGCCAAGCUGGCGCCCUACGCCGACGAGGUGCACCAGCAGAUCGGCACCAACAUCCGCGAGCUGCAGGCCAAGCUGAGCCCCUACGCCGAGGAGCUGCGCUCCCAGGUGGACCGGGGCACCAGGGAGCUGCGGCGGGCGCUGGAGCCCUACGCCACCGAGCUGCGGGAGCGGCUGCGGGACAACGCGGGCGGCAUCCAGGCCUCCCUCAGCCCCUACGCCGAGCGGCUGCAGCAGCAGAUCGACAGCAGCGUGGAGAGCCUGCGGGGGCAGCUGACGCCGCUGGCCGACGACCUGAAGGGGCAGGUGGCGCAGAGCGUGGAGGGGCUGCGCAAGGGGCUGAGCCCCUACGCCCAGGAGGUGCAGGACGGCCUCAACCGGCAGCUGGAGAGCCUCUCGCUGCAGAUGGAGCGGGCGGCCGAGGAGCUGCGCGCCCGCCUGGCUGCCAACCUGGAGGAGCUGCGCUCCCAGCUCAGCCCCCUGGCGCUGGAGCUGCGGCAGGCCCUGAAGAGCGACGCCGAGGGGCUGCAGGAGCGGCUGGCCCCGCUGGCCCAGCAGCUGGAGGAGCGCGUGGGGCAGACCGUGGAGGCUUUCCAGAGGCAGGCGGCCCCCGUCGGCGAGGCCUUCGGGCAGCAGCUGGUGCAGCGGCUGGAGGAGAUGCGGCAGAAGCUGGAGUCGGGCACCGCGGGCGUGGAGGACCACCUGGACCUGCUGGAGAAGGAGGUGCGGGAGAAGGUGGCCACCUUCCUCAGCACCACAGAGCAGGCGGAGAGCUGAGCCCCCCCUCCGUCCCCCAGUAGCACCCAGGGCUCCUCCGCGGGGCAGAAAUAAAGUGCCACGUUGUGAUGCA